AUCUCGUGGCGCUGGUGGUGCUGCGCCCUUCCCGUCUGAUGCGUAAAAGAGCACCAUGACUAGCAGAGCACCGGCAGGCUUCACACACUUUGCCAGAAAGAGCCAAACCGGCGUGAGAGUGAGUUGAGUAACAAAGAGAGUGUGGGAGAGCCCUCCCCCCGUCAAAUGUAUCGAUGGAUCCACACCUUCAUAACCCAACUCUUCUUCAGCUUCGCGCAGAUGGCCAAAGUGUCCAAACCAGACCGUGAAACUGUUCAGCCAAUAGAUUAGUUAUUUAACUCUUCAUCCACUGCUUUGUUGUACUUAGUGUGUAGUGAAAGUCAAAGUAGCCACACACCCUCUGGCCCAAAAGCACUUGGCUACACGUGAAUGCCUGCCGGUCUCCCAGCGCACUCCACGCUUGCGCUAGUUAUGCCAUGCCGCGAAGUCAUACCGGCGACGAAAGCGGCGGCAGCGGGAUCUGGCUAAAGACCUCGACUGGACGUCGGGGGCAGGACUACCCACUGAAAGAUGUGGAGUGCGGACAGCAGACUAUGAAUAACGUUGUGGGUGUCGGGGACGGUCUCCUGUCUCCAGCCGCGGCAGGUGCGGUGGGAGCGGAGAGGAAACAGGGCGCCCGCCUGAGUCUGCUGGGGAAGCCGCUGACCUACAGCGCGCAGAGCAACCGCAGAAACGCACGCUACCGGCGGCUCCAGAAUUACCUCUACAACGUUUUGGAAAGACCGAGGGAAUGGGCUUUUGUUUACCACGCUUUUGUGUUUAUCCUGGUAUUCGGAUGUCUAGUUCUCUCUGUGUUUUCCACCAUCCCUGCUCACCAGGAGUUCUCCUCGCACUGCCUGCUCAUCCUGGAGUUUGUGAUGAUUGUAGUGUUUGGCCUGGAGUACAUCAUCCGGAUAUGGAGUGCUGGCUGCUGUUGCCGCUAUCGAGGCUGGCAAGGACGUCUCCGCUUUGCCAGAAAACCGUUUUGUGUCAUAGACAUCAUCGUACUUAUCGCCUCAGUUGCUGUGGUUUCAGCUGGUAGCCAGGGUAACAUCUUUGCCACAUCUGCGCUGCGUAGCCUUCGCUUCCUUCAGAUCCUGCGCAUGGUGCGCAUGGACCGUAGGGGAGGGACCUGGAAACUACUCGGAUCUGUAGUUUACGCACAUAGUAAGGAGCUGGUGACUGCCUGGUAUAUAGGGUUUCUGGUGUUGAUCUUCUCCUCCUUCUUGGUCUAUCUGGUGGAGAAAGAAUUCAACAAGGAGUUUGCCACCUACGCCGAUGCUCUGUGGUGGGGCACGAUCACCCUUACAACUAUUGGCUACGGUGACAAGACCCCACAGACGUGGACUGGGCGGUUAUUAUCAGCGUGUUUUGCUCUGCUGGGGAUCUCCUUCUUUGCCCUGCCAGCUGGCAUCCUAGGUUCAGGCUUUGCCCUGAAGGUGCAGGAGCAGCAUCGACAAAAGCACUUUGAAAAAAGGAGGAACCCAGCUGCCAGCCUCAUCCAGUGUGUCUGGCGUAGUUAUGCUGCUGAUGAGAACUCGGUUUCCAUUGCUACCUGGAAGCCUCAUUUGAAGGCGUUGCAUACCUGCAGCCCCGCCAAGAAAGAGCAGGGCGAGGCUACUUACAGGAUCAUGAAGUUCCACGUAGCAAAGAAGAAGUUUAAGGAGACGUUGCGUCCGUAUGAUGUGAAGGACGUGAUUGAGCAGUACUCUGCAGGUCACCUGGAUAUGCUCUGUCGCAUCAAGAGCCUUCAGACCAGGGUGGAUCAGAUCUUGGGAAAAGGCCAGAUUCCUGUGGAUAAAAAAAUGAGGGACAAACUGCACCCAGAUGGAGACUCUCUAGAGGGCAUGAGCAUGCUUGGACGUGUGUGUAAGGUGGAGAGGCAGGUAACUUCCAUUGAAUCAAAGCUGGACUCUUUGCUGGAUAUUUACCGCCAAGUCCUACAGAAAGGCCCCUCAGCACUCACCCUCUCCUCCCUCCCCCUGUUUGAGCUGGAGAACCAGCAUCAUAACUCGGACUACCCGACCUCAAUCAUUGGCAGGGACCUUCCCUCCCAUCAGGGAGGUGAGCCUGUUGGAAGCGGAGGACACAACAGUGGCGGCAUGCGUCGUUCUCUCAAUCCCAACCCGAGAGGCUUGCGGCUCAUACUGGCACCAGCUGAUGAUGACGCUCCUCCGGACUCAGCCCCUCCAUCCUAUCCACCAUCCACAGCCUCGCUCUCCCCAUCACCUCUGCUGCCCCCUGAUAGCCCUUAUCCAACUUUGGUCACCACCAAUGGUACCCCGAAAAAAGCACACUUCCCUGAUCUGCCGCCCCCACCUUCCUCGACGGGGAAUUUCACUCUUCAACUCCCCCCUAUGGUACACCCCUCUCACCUCCGAUGCCCUGCUGACCCGAUCUCAGAUGAUCUGACAGAUGGAGUGGCAGUGGACGAGGAAAGCUCUGGCCCCUCUGUUGUUGUAGGAUGCGAUGUGGAUUCUGACCAAGAAGGUGACAACGAAGCAGCCUUUGGCCAGGGAACGGUUCAGCUGCGGGAGAAGCCUGGCUUGAAAUCUGAGGGGGUCUGGAGGAGGCACAUGAGCCUUGAGGUGAAGCCCUUGCUGCUUCUCUCUUCGAGCCCAGAUGGGAGGGCUUCAGACUGGGAAGGUGGUCUUGGGAAGUCGAUCUCUGUGCAGAACCUCAGUCAACCUUUGACCAACCGUGCCCCUGGUCUCUCCUCUGCACUCAACAACAGCAGCAGCAGCAAUGGUAGCGAACGCAGCACUGCCAAUGAUGAUCUUAACAACUGGGAUAACACAGAACUCUUUAUUAGAGAGUGCAAACUACAAACAUCAGAGGAACAUUUCGACUUCCUGUCACAGGGACCUGGAAGCAGCACCUCAGACCUUUUAAAGACUGUGGAGGAGGCUGCACCUCACCCAAAAGGAAAGUCCGAGUUUCUCAGUCAGUCCUCACACAUACAGCUGGCAUAACCACACUUACUGACAGACACACAUUUCCAUACUGUAUGUAAACACCACUGUGGGUGAAGCCACUUUUUAAAAUAUUUUUACAGGGCAGUAAACAGAUUAUGUUGCAAGUUUUACAAAUAAAUCCUUUCUAUAUGAACAAUGUUUUGAUAUUUUGUCUAACACUUUUAUUCCCAGUUGCAUACACACUUUUCAUAGGGUACUAAAAUUACUACAGCCUAUACAGUAAAUGAAUGUACACGUAUGUAUGCAAGUGGCCAUACUCAUGUAAGACAAAAUAUACAAUCAAUACACAAAAAUGAAAAUAACCUUACUGGAAAAACAAUAUUUUGAUUUUAUACAAAAAUGACCAAGUUUUUCAUAUUUACUAUCAUAAAUUAAAGAAAAAGAUGCUUAAUUUGAAGAGGAAUGAAGGGGAAUCUUGGAAGGAAUCCUAAUUUUAUUUCUAGAUCCAGACUUGUUGGAAAAGCUGUAGAUGCAAAUCAAAUAAUGGGGCGCAUUGUGAGAAAAGGUUACUGUCCAACAAUUUUACAUUUUUGCUGAGUCUUACUCAACCUGCAAACCCAAUUUGGAGUCUAACUUUUCACUUUACAAAUUAAAAGAUAAUGGAAGAAGAAUACUGAAUAAAUGUCUCACAGCCAGAACUACUUGCAAGGUACAGAGUAGCUUAAGAUCAAAGAAAUCACUCUAACUCAUUGGUCAGCUUCUACGCACGUGGUGAAACCAGCAAUCACAUGUACAUGCACAUCCGCAGAACUCUUUCACACUCUGACAGUUGUGACCAUUAACAAUUACUACUACUACUCUAAGAAAGGCCAACAUGACAAAGAGCUGAGACUGACUAAGAACUUUUCUUGGAAGAAGCAGAGAGUCACUCACUCUGCUAGUUCACUGUCUGUCUUUGGCAACUUAAAAUUUCAUCUUUUACUUACUCUGUGCUUUCAUACAUAUCACUACAUGGACAGUUUGAAAAACAAAAUAUAAAUAAAGGAAAUAAAGGGUGAGGCCUGGUGUGAGAGAAACAGCUGAAGUAUAAAAACCUAAAGGUUGAACCAGGGUUGCAUGUGUGCAGACUACAGAAAUCUCGUUUUCUUCAUUUCCUACAAUUGCUGAAGUGUUUGUUAAUGUUGAUGUGGUUGGAUGGUUGGUCUAAUCUGUCAGCAAACUGUAACUACAUUUGAAUGCAGCAGACCUAAUCGGAAGAAAUGUCCUAUCAGCACUGACUUAAAACAAGUGUUGGAAUUUCUCCCACUUGGUCUGGAUAGUAGCCCAGUAAGUUGGAUGCAGCUGUUUUGAAUAUUGAACUGUGGUAGGCUUUUAAGUGGGCUUUCUCAGCCAAGCAUGAGAUGAUGCAUGUCUAAGCUGUAAUUCAAAAGUGCUCAUGCAUUUUCUGGUGACUCAGACCUCCAUCUGCAUGUCAAAAUAAUGUUUACUCCAAACUUUUAACAAAAUGGUACGAACAAAGUCUGCCUACAUGAUCAAUAUUAUCUGAACUAAUUUGAUAGAAGUUAAAACCUGUGUUGCUACUUAUGUGGAUAACCCACUUACUAUUUUAUGACAAAACUACAACAUUUAAAGGCCAUUUGUCGUGAUCAAACUAGAAAAACCUCAUUGAUAUUUUCUGUGACUUCUCUGAUGAAGACUGAUCUUAGAUUGAGAUUAUAUGUGGCUUAUAUAAGGACUCUCUUCACCAGGAUGUUGGUACGCACUUCAUCCUCACUCACCUCAGUCCUAAUUAGAAUAUUUAACCAUUCUGGGUUUUAUUGUCACUAUCUCGAAAAUGACUAAAGUGGACCGUUUAUAUUAUGGUACAUUUAAUCUUUAAGGAGAUGUAGAGGCUUAUAUGUUUUCAGUGUUAGAUUUUUGAAAAACUGGUGUCUUGAAAGUGUCUUAAUAAACAGUGUUUGUAUUGCUGCCUUUUUUUCUUUUAGAUAGGUUGACUGGUGUUUAAAUGAGAAUUAUGCACAAAAACUAUGUCAGCCGUCUUCAUUUUUGUUAGUCAUUUUGAUUUGUUUUGUAUGUUGUCACAGAAGUCUUAAAAUGUAUUGUUUGUGCUAUUCGUGUCCUUUUAUUCAUCUGUUUUUCCUGUUAUAUCCCCAGAGAGUUAAGUGCAUUUCUUAGAAAAUUAACAUCCUGUAAAAGAAUAUAGCGAGUAUUAUCUUCUGACAAAUGACAACUGCUAACACUUGUAGACUGAUUUUAAAGUGUUUUAUAGACCAUGCAGAAGUUGUUCUGGUAUGAUAAAAUAUAUUGUCAUCAUGAAAGCACAGUGUGUUUCUGUUGAGAUUGACCUGGAAAUGUGACAUUGUAGUUUAUGCUUAUGUAAUAUUGACAUAGAUUUGAGUUGUAGCUAUUGAUUGAGCUUUGUUAAAAAUGAGAACAGGCCAAAUCCAUAAGUAACAAUGAAGCAAGACACCAAACACAGAUGGGACAACCUUAAAAACUGCAAUUGUUGCCCUCCCCUCCCAAAGAAAACAUGCCUAUUUUUGCUGUCUGUAUAUUGCUUGAGAAUCCUCCUAUUAUUUUUUUCUUCUUCACGGAGCUAUAAAGGCCUAGUUUGCCUACAGACUAUGCAUAUUGUAUAGUUGAAGUCAAACUCCUGCUUUUCAGUUGGGCAUCCAGUUCACUUAAGUUAUGUCGCCUUGGUCACAGACUUUAUAUGGCUUUGAUGGCUAAUAAUACCAUUUCUGUAUUGCUUGAACGAUAAUUUAUUACACAACUGGCCUUAAAGCUUGAUAAUGUUAACUUUAUUAUUUCUUUGAAAUUAAUUUAUUAAAGUGCACACUAUGUUCUCUGGAUGAGAAAUGCAAAGAAUUUUAUUAUUCAUUAAUAAAGUACAGGUUAUCUGAA